GCCGCAACUAUUGAUUCCGACGAGUCAACGGUGAUCAUGGGGGUGCAGGUGGAGGAGUCCAAGAUCGGGGCCAUGAUAGAGAAGGCCAAGUUCUACACUUCCCUCUGCAUGGGCACUACGGCGAUCCUCGCGGUCUUCGGUUUCCUGUUCCUGAUUCCGUUCGUCGUCGAGCCGGCGAUAUCCACCAUACUGGCGGACUUCUCGCCGCACGCGGUCGCCUGCGUCACGACGGGCCAUGUCUACGCAGAGGGGCUGAAGAACUGCUCGUGGGCAAGUUGUAGGGAGGGUUGCACCAGCGCGGCGCUGCGUUGCCAUCAGAUCAGAGUCAACUACACCAAAAUGCCGUUCGAGGAGUUCAAGGCGAAGCAGUUGGAAGACUCGGUGCCGUGGGACGUCACCGAAACCAAGUUCUUCGUGAACACGGAGGGCUGCGGCUAUCCACCGGCGGUCAACUGUUCCGCCUUCGCGAAGCAGUACGCCUACAGGAACAUGGGGAAGAUAUUUCCUUGUUACUACAGCAGGACGUAUCCGGAGACGGUUGUCGCGAGAUACUCGUGGGAUCAGAAUCUCAGGCACUUGGUGUUGGCCUUGAUCGUGCCUAUCGUGGUGUUCGCCGUGACGGUCGGCGUGCUAUGCUAUUGGUAUUGUCCGCCCGUGGGCAGGACCUGCGGCGGUCCAGGUCGCAAUCUCAUCGACAAGUAUGCUAGAAAGGAAGAGAUCCUCAGUUGUCAAAGUAAUUCCUCCGUACAUCACGUCACCUCUACGUCUCUUUCUGUUUCCGUGAUUUCGUGGCUUUCCGUUCUUGCAGCAUCUUGGCAGAGGACGAGUUCGAGGAAGACGAAGAGGAAUACUGACUGCUACCAAGGGCACACCCCCCUGCGCGGGAGUGAUGCCAGAAAAAUGAUCUCCGAAUGGCUCCAGCGUACUUUACCUUAUAAAUUUAAGCGAUCGAGCAUUAGCGCUUCUUAAAGGAAAUUCACGAAGAGCAGAGUAAAGUCUUCUUAUUGCCGCUUCUUACCGGUUCACUCACUUGGGAUUAUGCUUGACGCUAUCUCCGACUUCUUUUUGUCUUCUCAAUCUGCUCUGAAUCGUGCUUUCAAUAAAUGAAAUGUGCGCCUAGGUUUUAGGUCGAUGACAUGAAAGACGUUUCUCUUUCUCUCUCUCUUUGUCUCUCUUUUUCUCGACAUUCCAUUGCACCAACAUUAAUUAUACGCACUCAAUCAAAGUAAAGAUAAUCUCGGAUCUUAAAUGACGAAGUGAAGAAUCAGCGAACGUCGGGAGAAUCGCUCGCGCGAGAUCUUUGCGAUGAGCACACCUUAAAUUUACGAUGUAAAGUGGGCCGUGAAGAUGAGAGCUCGGACUUUUCAAUUAUCUAUCAGUAUUCCAUGCGAGUUUCAAGAAGGGUGUGGUUCAAAACACGCGACGGUGUCAUCGCGGAAACGUGCUACAUCUGCGAAAUAGAGAAACCAUUACGGUAAUGGACUCGGAGAGGUCAAGAUACGACGGUAACAAUGGGCUUCUGUGUGUGUUUCGGGCUGAGCCGUGAUAAAAAAGGCGCGCCUUCCUACUAAGUGAUAAUUUAAGCUGGAUGAUAGUUUUCAAACGGCACAGAUUAGGUUUUACAGAGCAGCAUCAGGUUUAGACUAAGUUACACGGCCGCGAAUUUACGACUUAAGUCACGUAAAGCUGCCCCUUCGACGAUCAAUGUCGAAAUGCGAAGUGUCGAUGGAAGCAGUGCGAGCUUUCGCGGGAAUCCUGCAGCUCGACGCGGGUCGCGUGAAUUUCUUCACCCCGUCGAGCUCCAAACAAAAAGAUGGAUUCCAAAUGCGGACUCGUGUCGGGCUAACCAUGUUACUCGCUGCACUAGAAAGCGCAUUUGCGGUUGUCAGAAUUUCUCCUCACCUGUCUCACCUGUCUCUCUUGAACUCUUGAUUGGAAUCAGUAACAUCGGCGCCUUUUUGUUACUGCCAUUCUUUCAAGUAGAUCAAACUACGAUCUAUCAUGAUAUAGUUUCUAGUCCUCGAAAAUCGGAUAGGCAUUUUUGUAAAAAUCACAGUGUGAGACACAUUUUCGUUCAAAAUUUGCCAAUCUCUUCUGUCACAAAUGCGUAAAUAGUAGUUCCAACGAAGAUUUGCGAAACUUCGCUUCGGUGCAAAUGUUACCGGUGAAGGAAGAAGUGAAGCGAGUGUGACGUGGUUCGCUAUCGAAAUUCGCUUCCGCACCAAGAAACGUAAGUUAAGGCUAGGCAGUAAGUUAAGCCUGUGAAUAUUACCGAUCGUAAUUCUAUCGAAAUCGAUAUAUAAGAGUUGUUACGAAUUUUGUACGCGGACGCGAGUCACGUCGUGGAGAGAGAGAUUCUAAUUAUACAGAGAAUAUAAAUAUAAAAUAUGUAAAUAUAUAGGAUGAGUCUGAUAGAAAGUUCAUCUCAAAUAUCUUCGGUAUUUCAGACUAUAAGAAAAUAGCACCAACAAAAGUGCUUAUGAUUUCGAAGGAUACGUAACGUAAUGACAAUUAAUUUCUUGUGAAUGGAAGUAUGUAGGAGAUUUGAAGGUCACUUUAUAGUAAAGUUUAUUCUAUUUUAAGUAAAAUUAUUUUAACGUAAUUAUACGGUUUUUCUAACAUAAAUCAAUUUUUUAGAUUCCUUAGAUUUCCGAGGAAUUGAUUUAUGUUAGAAAAUAUAAUAUCAUGAUUCCGUUAAAAUAAUUUAAGGUGAUCUUGAAAUCUAUAAAUAUCCUUCACGAAAAAAAAAUUAUUGUCUUCUUUGAAACUAUAAAUUUUUGUAGGCACUGUUUUCCUAAAUUGUUUAAAAGAGUGGAAAUAUUUGAAAUGAACUAACUCACCCUGUAUAUCCAGACAACACUAGAUCUCUAGAGGACAUCCUGUUGAUAUUCUCAGGACGUAGGGACGUUCUCAGAACGUCUUUAGAGAGAGGAUAUCCUGUGGAGAUCUGUGCUGUUUGAAUAAAUAUAUAUAUAUAUAUAUAUAUAUAUAUUAUAUAUAAUAUAUAUUAUAUAUAAUAUAUAUAUAUAUAUAUAUAUAAUGCGUAUAUAUAUGUAUAUAUAUAUACAUAUACAUAUAUAUAUAUAUAUAUAUAUAUAUAUAUAUAUAUAAAUUUAUGAAUAUAUAUAUUAAAACACUAUAUAUUAAAAUAUGAUACUACUAUAUAUUAAAACAUGAAACGCACGAGAACGCUGGCACGCAUUGUGCGCAUAGUUUAUAGCCUUAGUGAUAAAGAUACUCUUAAGUUAAUUCUUUACGGGGACGCGCGAACUGCGUUCCGUAAGCUACGAAACGACGUCGUCCACUAAAACUCGUACACUCGCGCAAAUCGCUCAGCAAUAAUAUCUAUUCCGUCAGAAACGCCAAAGAGAACCUAAAUAAAUUAAUACACGUGCUAUACAUAAAAAACUUAAUUAAUUGUAAACGACGCCAUUGAACGUCUGAAGCGCGUUUUCUAGCGCGCGGAAGAUUCACCGAAUAACGUUCGAUUGCGCAUUCAAUCAUUUGGACAUUCAGCGAACUAAGAAACUGCUGCGAAACUGUGAACAAAUCAUUUCGUUUUAGCUUGUCGGUGUCUUAGUUCGCCGCAUUCUUUGAUCACUCGGAAAGCGCGACUGUUGAACGGAAGUGCUCUCGAUAACGUUUGUUUCGAAGCGUAUGGAAACCAUGUCGUAACCCUCUACAUCUAGUAUGGUUGUGAAUCCUUACUCGGCCUUACUCUAGGUGUCCUUGAACAUUGGAAACGUUCCCGCGAGGCUUCCAAUGGGACCCUACGUUUUGGCACUCAUUCCCCACUCGAAGCUUGCUAGACUAAUUUUCGUUGAACUACGACCGAUCUCGUCGCGAUCGUCUAUGAAUCGCGCAGAUGUCCAUCGAUUUCAUCUCUCUAGUCGACCUGGCAAUUCAGUCUAAAUUGACGCGGCGACAGAUAAAUCACACAAUCCGAUGAUAUCACGACGCAUGUUGAUGCGAUGUUAAAAAAAAAAAGAAAAACCCAAGAGAAGGAAAAAUCAAAAUUAGAAAUCCCAUAAACAUGGACAAACGUCAGUUUGAGACUCGCGACGAAUUAUAAACCGAGAUACUGCUGCUGCCUCCUUCUCACGCAUCUUCUUCGCGAGAACUUUUGCUCAAGACGCUCACAAUCGACGAAAUUGACGGCGCCAAUCAAACUCACGUGUGUGUGCGCGCGCGCGCACGCGCGUACGCUUAACGCGCUUUUCUCGCGUCGCGAGAGCACCGCGAGGGGGCGGAACUUCUCCAGCAACCGGUUAGAAUUAGAUCUCGUGUGAUACGCGAUUAGCAUAAAGACGUAGCAUGGAGAAGUCGAGCAUCUCGAGCAAGGCACACACCGGGGGAGAGCUCCGAACGCGGACAAUCCAGAAGCGAUAACUCGCACGGCACAAUAUCCGUUUCCCAUCGGUUUUAGGUGCCAAUUGAAUUCGUUAGCUCGACCAAGCCGGUCGCAGUCGUCGUAGGCAGCAUUAUUAGAGCAUUUGGUCGUGAGAGAGAGAUGUUUAUACAUAAAUAUUAUAGAGAACGGGGAUCUCAAGCAGAGAAGACGACCGCUUCUCGUCUUCUGCCUUUGUGAAAUGUGUGACGAAAAGAGCGAGUUGAAGAUAUACUGAAGGACACCACCGUGUUUUACGAAAAGCUUGAGUCGAUUUUGGAUUCUGAUCACGAGACGAUAAGAAGGCUCGCGAAUACCUGCUUGAGAUCCUUCAUUAGAUAGGCGAACAAAUUCUAGCUCCGAUAGUUUGUACCGUACACGGGUGGCGUAGACAGUAAACAAUUCAAAGCAGUUUUCAUCGAGUUUAAAUCGACUUUAAAUCCAGCACGAAUCGCUAGUAAAUCGGGAAAUAUCGCCAACUCUUGUUCUUUCCACACACGAGGUAGUUUACGUAGUACAUUCGAUCGGAAAGCAACGACGGCCGCCUUCGGCCGUUAGCUCGUCCAUGUCGUUCUACUCGACUCGAUGAAUAGACAUUACUCGAUAAUUAACUUUACAUAUUGUACACUAUUUCGCAAUGAUAUUUGGCUAUUAUUGUAAUAGCAUUUGCACUUACUUCAGCCGGGCGUUUAUCAUGCUGAUAUCAUUUCCCUCUCUCUCUCUCUCUCUCUAUCUCUAUCUAUCUCUAUCUAUCUCUCUCUCUCUCUCUCUCUCUCUCUCUCUCUCUCUGUCUCUCUUUCUCGUCUCUUUACUUAUAUGUAAAAUUUACGAUUAACAAUAUAAAUGAACAACGUACUCUUCGAGACGCUUCCUUUCUCUCUACUCGAAAGUUUUCAACCUCACCGACGGGCGUAACUUCGCCCAACCGCUUCGUACAUACUCUCAAUCUCAUUAAAUAUUGUACAUAAUAUAAAUAUAUAUAUAUAUAUAUAUAUACAUAUUAUAUAUAUAAACAGCGCUCGCGCGCUCCGCGGCACAGACAGAUUAUUGUAAAUAAAAGAGAGAUUGUACGAUUUCGUCUGAAAUAUAUAAAAAUACGUUUUCUGUUAUAUAUAACA